AUGGCAACCUCCUCUAAAAGAAAGCAUGUCGUCUUUGACGUCGUCGGCACCUGCUUUUCCUAUGACGGCAUCUUCGACGCUCUCGACGCCCGCCUGGGAGAUAAGCUCCGCUCCCGGUGCAUCUUGCCCAAGCUGCUCGGCUAUGCUUGGCUCGAGGCCGCCGAGCGCGAGUAUACGUACUUGAGCAUAUCCGGCCGGUACAAGGUCUUCAUCGACGUCUUUGAGGCUCUAUUCUGGCGCAUGCUGUCGAUGGCCGGCGUCGAGGACCCGCGCUCGUUCGCGACCGAGGAGGACCUCGCCUUCGUCAUGACAAAGUAUCAGGAGCUCGAGGCGAGGCCCGGGAUCGCGGCGUGCUUCGAGGCGCUGAGGCAGGACGGCUUCACGGUCUGGGCGUUCACCACUGGCGACAAGGCCCGGGUCAGCGGGUACUUCCGCAAGAAUGGCAUUGACAUGCCCGAGGAGAACUUCAAGUCUUGCGACUCGAUCGGCGUCGGCAAGCCGUCGCCCAAGGCCUACAAGUCGAUGCUGGACCAGUUUGCUGGGGAAGAGGCCUGGUUCGCGGCCGCGCACAUGUGGGAUGUCUCGGCUGCUCGGGAGAACGGAUUCAAAGGGGCUUACUGCACCAUUAUGGAGAAAGACCCAUGCACUCAGAUCUUUGGGGACAUGGAUGUGAUUGCUGACAGCUUUGAGGAUCUGGCCAAGAAGAUUAUCGAUGCCAGUCAGAAAUAA